CUUUGGGUGCCUGCCCACUGGGCUCUGUCGGCUCCCUGAAGAACCCCAGGGAUUUUCUGGGGUCAACUCUAUGCCAGUGGGCAGCAGGAAGGGCUUCAGACUGAACACUUGCUGAGACUCAAGCCAUGGGAGCUGGGAAUUCUGGAGGAAGAGCAAGAGGGGUUCAGGCAAGAGGCCCACCCAUACUGAAGCUUGGUUUCUCCUAGACCUCCACAGGGGAUCUUUCCAGGCCUUAAACAUAAGUAGAGCUUUAAUCCUGGCUAAUGAUACAAUCUCACAAAUUUAGCCCUCAGGAUAGGGAUGGCUAUUUGCCACUGCCGCAGGAAAAUAAAGUUAUAAGGAUAAACUACUCGGGGCUAUUUUACGUACUCUGAUAUUAUCUAACUAGGUGACUGCCUUCUCAAGACUGUGAGCUGUCAGUGACUAUGGGUUCAUCAUUUUUACGCUCUCGGUACUUAGCACAGAGCUAAAUGAAUCAGGCCUUGCAUUAUAAAGCACAGAUCUAUCUACCGCGUCAUAUGCUAUGGUCCAGCUUUCCUGCCCUACCCUGGUGGGCUGACUUUUCUCCCCUAAUAACUGUCUCUACUGGUCUGCCCCGAAUCUUGGGGUCCAGAAAUCUGACCCUUUAACCUGGGGAAGGGUCAGCCAGUAAUAGAGAAUGGCUCUGGGCCCAGUAUUCAUCCACCCUUAAGUUGAGUAUUCUCCCAAUGAAGUAGAUAUAUGUUUGCCAGGACAAUCCUGCAGAACGUUAACAGCUAAACGCCUGGGAAAGGGUCCUAGAAGAAAGAAAGCUCCUAACAAGUGCCUGUUGGCAUCCCCCAGAAUGUGCAAGUUCUGUCAUUUUCCCACUCUCAUGUCUAUGUCUAUGUUGUAUCUCCUUUCAACAGCAGGAACAAAACCCCAGUCCUUAAGGGUCUGGGCAUUAGUGGACAGGAGCCAAGGUGCCUGCGGACAAAGCUCAGGACCCGGGACAAGGUUAGACAGGUGCCAUAGCAGCUCCAAACUACCCAAAACCCAGGAACCCACCUACCCAAGAAAGCAAGAUGAUGAUACAAACAUAAAGGUCGGGUGGGAAAGGCUGUGUGAAAAUGGGAAUCCCCCAGAGCGGGAGGAUGUAAAGCAGCAAGUCCUGUAUCCGUCUCAAAUUACCAUGAAAUCCCACCUCCUGGAAUCCCCCAUCAGCAAGUGUCCGCUGUACCUGGCCUGCCACCACCUAAAGACUGAGCGCAUCCAGCGGGACUGGGAAAGGCAGGGCGAUGCUGGCAGUGAAGGACAAAAGCUGACCGUAUGUCCUAUCAUCAAUGGGGAAGACCACCUUCGUUUGUUGAACUUUCAACACAAUUUUAUAACUCGGAUACAAAAUAUUUCUAAUCUACAGAAGUUAAUAUCGUUGGAUUUAUAUGAUAACCAGAUUGAAGAAAUCAGUGGGCUUUCUACUCUGAGAUGCCUUCGUGUCCUUCUGUUGGGGAAAAACAGAAUCAAGAAAAUCUCAAAUCUGGAGAAUCUAAAAAGCUUAGAUGUCUUGGAUCUUCAUGGAAAUCAGAUUACCAAAAUUGAAAAUAUUAAUCAUUUGUGUGAGUUGAGAGUUUUAAAUCUUGCUAGGAACUUUUUAAGUCACGUUGAUAAUCUUAAUGGGCUGGAUUCAUUAACUGAACUGAACUUGCGACACAAUCAAAUCACUUUUGUGAGAGAUGUGGAUAAUUUGCCCUGCCUCCAACAUCUCUUUCUCAGCUUCAACAAUAUAUCUAGUUUUGACAGUGUUUCUUGCCUUGCUGACUCUUCUUCCCUCUCUGACAUCACCUUUGAUGGCAAUCCCAUAGCUCAAGAGUCAUGGUACAAACACACUGUCCUUCAGAAUAUGAUGCAGCUGCGCCAGCUAGAUAUGAAGAGAAUCACGGAAGAAGAAAGGCGUAUGGCAUCUGUUUUAGCCAAAAAAGAGGAAGAGAAGAAGCGGGAAAGUCAUAAACAAUCUUUGCUUAAGGAGAAGAAAAGGUUAACAAUUAACAACGUAGCUCGACAGUGGGACUUGCAACAACAACGAGUAGCCAAUAUUGCUACAAAUGAAGAUAGAAAAGAUUCUGACUCUGCUCAGGAUCCCUGUCAGAUUGAUGGAAGCACCCUAUCUGCAUUCCCAGAGGAAACAGGGCCUCUAGACUCAGGACUCAACAAUGCUUUACAAGGUUUAUCUGUCAUAGACACAUACCUUGUUGAAGUGGACGGGGAUACACUUUCCCUAUAUGGCUCAGGAGCACUGGAAUCUCUGGAUAGGAAUUGGAGUGUUCAAACGGCAGGAAUGAUCACAACUGUCUCCUUCACUUUCAUAGAAUUUGAUGAAAUCGUCCAUGUGCUUCCUAAACUGAAGAUUAAGUUUCCUAAUUCUCUGCACCUUAAAUUCAAGGAAACAAAUCUUGUAAUGCUGCAGCAAUUUAAUGCACUAGCACAACUCCGUCGUGUUGACCAGUUGACAAUUGAUCCUCAAGGAAAUCCAGUUGUCAAUUUUACACUCUGGAAAUACUAUGUACUGUUUAGGCUAAGCCAUUUUAGUAUGCAGAAAAUAAAUGGAACAGAGGUGACACAGAAUGAUAUGAUAAUGGCUGAAAGGCUCUUUGGAAUCCUAGCACAUGUAGCGUCUUCUGAGUUACCCCAGUAUCGUCUGAUUUCCAUUCUGGGUGAUGCCAGGAAAAAGCAAUUUCGGUAUCUGCUAGAAUCCAAAGGAAAAAAACCUGGUAUUAUCAACGAAGAAAAUAAUGACAGCAAAAGACUUGUAGGAGAAAACACAAAUCGUGCUACAUUAAAUUAUACUACGAGAGACUUUUACAAUGAAAAGCUAGAGGAAAUAAAGGAAAAGAAGAAAUUCUGUAAAAUGUAUAUAGAAGACCUUGUGAAGGAAGCCACAGAAAUCAACAUGAAAAAUGAGGCUUUGCAGAAGCUUUGGCCACAGAUGUUCAUUGAGCUUGUUAGGGAUGCAGUUAUAGAAAUUCGCAAUAAAAAUUCCUAUAUGAAGCUCUGCCUACAGCAGAUAACAGACCAAAAAUAAAGAUGGCCUUUAGUUACAGUUGAUUUUGGCAGUUUUAUUUUUUGAAGGUUGAAAAUAUGCAGGUUAUACAUGUUAAAACAACAACACUAUCCUAUAAACUAGAAAGACUAGUAUUAAAGCAUUAUUGCCCACUGUUCUCAUAGCUAAAAGUUAAGAAGGAAAGGAGAAAGGAAGGAUUAAUUUCCUGUAUGUGAUGACCAAACAACCUCUGGGAGCUAAGCAGUUUUCAGAGCUGGCGUGGCACUGCAUCCUUGGUUCUUGCUUUGAUUGGUGCCCUGCUACAGCCCAAAGCACGUAGUAUUUGCUGAUGAUUCAGCAUGAGCUGCAUCUACCUACUUUUAGCUGAUAAUUUUCAGUUAUUUCCCUUUUUAUUUUAUGUCAUGAUUUCAAAACCAAAAAUAUGUUCUUUUUAUGAGUGAAGAAUAAACUUACUAAUAAAUUAGUAAAAAUAAA